AUGUACUCAUUCAUUCCACAAACCUCUGUUAGGCUCCUAAUGUGUGCCCAGCACUGGCUGGCAGCGAGGUGGGGGCCAAGCCACGGUAGGGCUUUGACAGUCACAGGUGAAUCAGAAGCUCACGCUCUCCUUCUCUCUCUGGGCCCCCCAGCGGCUCACACCCAGCCCAGGGUGCGGUGCCAGGCCUCUAGGUACCCGAUCGCAGUGGAUUGCUCCUGGACCCUGCCGCCCGCUCCAAACUCCUCCAGGCCCACGUCCUUCAUUGCCACGUACAGGCUUGGCGUGGCAGCCCAUGGGGAGAGCUGGCCCUGCCUCCAGCAGACACCAGAGGCCACCAGCUGUAUCAUCCCUGACAUCCAGAUGUUCUCCAUGGUGCCCUAUGUGCUCAACAUCACGGCUGUCCACCCCCGGGGCGUCAGCAGCAGCUUCGUGCCGUUCGUCCCAGAGCACGUCAUCAAACCGGACCCUCCAGAAGGUGUGCGCCUGAGCCCCCUCCCUGGGCAGCGGCUCUGGGUGCAAUGGGAACCCCCCCGGUCCUGGCCCUUCCCAGAGAUCUUCUCACUCAAGUACCGGAUCCGCUACAAGCGCCACGGAGCUGCCCGCUUCCGCCAGGUGGGACCAAUUGAAGGCACAUCCUUCACCCUCAAGGCUGUGAGGCCCCAAGCCAAGUACUGCAUCCAGGUAGCUGCUCUGGAUCUCACUGACUAUGGGGAAUCAAGCGCCUGGAGUCUCCCCGCCGUUGCCUCCGUGACCCUGGGCAAGUAGUGGGGGUUCCCUGCACCCCCGAAGAGGGGCUGUGCCCUUGACAUCCGCCUAAGGGUGGAUGGGACCUGACUGGCCUGGGUUCACUGCUGCCGAGUUGCUGGGCAACCUUGGACAAGUGACUUUGCCUCUCUGAGCCUCAGUUUCUCAGUCUGUGAAAUGGGGAUGUACUCCCUACCUCCUCUGACACAGUGCAAUGUUUUGUGAACUGUGAAUAUGAGAUUUUUUAAAUUGUUUAAUUAGAAAAGGAUCAU